GCCAGCAUAGUCUCUGUGAGUGAGGUCCUGGUUGGGAGAAGCCAGAGCACAUAUCCAUUUGAGCCCUGUUCUGCAUCCUGAGGUCUGUCUUCUGGGCCAGGCUGAGUCCUAGCCACCUGGCAGGCUGUCACCAUAAGCAUGGCCCUGGAUGGCCAGAGCUGAGGCUGGGUUCUGCUAUUCUGAUUGGGUAACGUUUUGAACUUGUGGGUCCUGCCUGAAGUCUUGACAUUGGCUGCUUGCCCAAGGCUGGGGCACCCUGGAAGAGCCUCCUACCACGGUGGGGAGAUGUUGUGAGGUGACUCUGACCUGUUGUAGCUAGGGCUCCUCUGUGAGCAGCUAGUAAGGAGCCUCCUAUUUGCAUUGGGCCCUGGGAGAUUAAACAGCCCUAGGGUCAGAACCACACUGCCCACCCCAGAUCAGGUGCCGACUCCCUCAUGUCCCACGGGUCUUUCAGGUGGGCUGUCAGAGGAAGCUGGGAUGCUGGACAGUCGAGGUGCAGAGGGUCUGAGUGAAUGCGAUUUCCUUUAGGGUUUCUGUGUAGGGUUCUGGAGGUGAGGUAGUAAAUGUCACCCCCUUGUCUGGAGGUCCUGUGAGGGUCCCAGACAGGGCCUUCUUUGGCACUCUUUCUUAUCCUACAUCCAAAGGUUCAUGAGGUUAUUGUGGGCAAAAUGGUUGGGAUUGUGGCUUGUUGGUAGGCUUUAUCAGAGAGAUGGAUUGGGUGAAUGAGAUAAAGGAGUGUUUGGGGAAUUAUAAAUCAGAGCAUUCAGCCAUCUGGAUGGAAUUUAUGCGUAAGAGUGGAUAGGGUAUACCUGUGGGUGUGUUGGCCAAACCUAGCUGCAAAGUUGAUCUGUGACUGCAGCUUAGCCCUUCCUGUCUGAGGAAAAUGCCCCUUGGUGACCCCGGGAGAAGCUUAGAUGUUCUGUAGCACCAGGCGAUCACCGCACCGCAAGAACAAGGCAGGAUGACCGGCUGGCUGGUGUGGGCAGGGGGUGGAGGAGAAAGCCUGGUCUUCCUAACAGGAUGUGUGGGUAAGGGGUCCAGCGUUGAGGGCGGAGGGGUGGGUUGGUGUCUUCCCCAGGGGCCUUCAGCUCGGCCUCGUUUCCCAGUUACAAGUCACUGGCAUGUGCUCAGCUUCUCUCUUGUCCGGGGCACAGGUUCUGGGCGUGGGGAGGCUGAGACUCGGGAGUGCAUCUACUACAACGCCAACUGGGAGCUGGAGCGCACCAACCAGAGCGGCCUGGAGCGCUGCGAGGGGGAGCAGGACAAGCGGCUGCACUGCUACGCCUCCUGGCGCAACAGCUCGGGCACUAUCGAGCUGGUGAAGAAGGGCUGCUGGCUGGAUGACUUCAACUGCUACGACAGGCAGGAGUGUGUGGCCACUGAGGAGAACCCCCAGGUGUACUUCUGCUGUUGUGAAGGCAACUUCUGCAACGAGCGCUUCACCCACUUGCCCGAGCCUGGGGGCCCAGAAGACACCUACGAGCCACCCCCGACAGCCCCCACCCUGCUCACGGUGCUGGCCUACUCUCUGCUGCCCAUUGGGGGCCUCUCCCUCAUUGUCCUGCUGGCCUUCUGGAUGUAUCGACAUCGCAAGCCUCCCUACGGCCAUGUGGACAUCCAUGAGCACUUGCUUCCCCAGGACCCUGGGCCUCCACCCCCAUCCCCUCUGGUGGGCCUGAAGCCACUGCAGUUGCUGGAGAUCAAGGCUCGGGGUCGCUUUGGCUGUGUUUGGAAGGCUCAGCUCAUGAAUGACUUUGUGGCUGUCAAGAUCUUCCCGCUGCAGGACAAGCAGUCGUGGCAGAGUGAACGGGAAAUCUUCAGCACACCUGGCAUGAAGCACGAGAACCUGUUGCAGUUCAUUGCCGCCGAGAAGCGAGGCACCAACCUGGAGGUGGAGCUGUGGCUCAUCACAGCCUUCCACGACAAGGGCUCCCUCACGGAUUACCUCAAGGGGAACAGCGUCACGUGGAACGAGCUGUGUCAUGUGGCAGAGACGAUGUCACGAGGCCUCUCGUACCUGCAUGAGGAUGUGCCCUGGUGCCGCGGCGAGGGCCACAAGCCUUCUAUUGCCCACAGGGACUUCAAAAGCAAGAAUGUACUGCUGAAGAGUGACCUCACUGCUGUGCUGGCAGACUUUGGCCUGGCUGUUCGGUUUGAGCCAGGGAAGCCUCCAGGGGACACCCAUGGGCAGGUUGGCACGAGACGGUACAUGGCCCCCGAGGUGCUGGAGGGUGCCAUCAACUUCCAGAGAGACGCCUUCCUGCGAAUCGACAUGUACGCCAUGGGGCUGGUGCUGUGGGAGCUUGUUUCUCGUUGCAGGGCUGCAGAUGGGCCAGUGGAUGAGUACAUGCUGCCCUUUGAGGAGGAGAUUGGCCAACACCCGUCCCUGGAGGACCUGCAAGAGGUGGUUGUCCACAAGAAGAUGAGGCCUACCAUUAAGGAUCAUUGGCUGAAACAUCCGGGCCUGGCCCAGCUCUGUGUGACCAUUGAGGAGUGCUGGGACCAAGAUGCAGAGGCUCCCCUCUCUGCAGGCUGCGUGGAGGAGCGGGUGUCCCUCAUCAGGAGGUCGGUCAACGGCACUACCUCGGACUGUCUAGUCUCUCUGGUGACAUCUGUCACCAAUGUGGACCUGCCCCCUAAAGAGUCCAGCAUCUAAGCCUAGGAUAUGAGUGUCUCUCCAGACUCAGUGGAUCUGAAGAAAAAAAAAAGGAAAAAAGUUGUGUUUUGUUUUGGAAAUACCAUAAAACCAACAAACACAUAAAAUGCAGCUGCUAUUUUACCUUGACUUUUAUUAUUAUUAUAAUUAUUAUUAAUAAUAUUAUUUUUGGAUUGGAUCAGUUUUUACCAGCAUAUUGUUCUACUGUAUCGCAAACAGCGGACGUGUCAGCAGGCGUUGAGGUGCUGAGCUGUGAGUGCAGAACCAGCGCCAUGCUGAAGAGCCUCAGCCACUCCUGUCCUUCGGGAUGGAUUUUCCCCAGCGUUCUCUUUGUUGUCUCAGAAUCUGUAACACAAAGAAACCCAUCUCCUGUCUUAGGAAACUCAAUGCUGCAAUCUCUACUAGAGGAACCCUUGAAGACUGUUACAUGGACACACACCCUUCCUCAGAAGAGCCCCCCCCCCUUUAUUUUGUGUCUCCCUUUUCAGGCAGUGAGCUUAAGAAAUGGCAGAUGUGUCUUCAUGGA